GUUCAAACUCACUCUUUGCUCUUCUAUAUCGCAUUUUUCAAACGUUUUGUGCUUUAUUUCCUUUUUUUUUAACACAGAAAGAAGAGGAAAAAACCCAAAUUAUGAAGAGAAAAAAAUCGAUCUUCAAGUAGAAAACAGUUAUUGUUCUUCGAAAUCAAAACCGUUGUUUGCUAAGUCCAUUUUUUUCUCAUUUUUAUCAAUUUUUUUUCAUCUUUUCUGGGUUAAAAAAAAAUUUCAAAACUUCAUCUUUGAAUACCUAUUCGUCGUCUACACAAGUCAAUCGGUGUGCCUGAUCAAAAAUCACCGUGUCAGGUCAUUAAACAGAUAAAUGCAGCGACAAAAGUGCGUUUCAUAGUCAAAUGCGUGAAGAGCAAUGUCCAACUGAAUGUUAACGAUCAUUCAAAUGAGCGAAGUUUCAGUCGACGAAAAACAGAGUCAAUGGUGUCAGAAUAAGCAAAAGGGAUUGCAUCAUUCAAAAUCAGAUGUCAGCAAUGCCAAAAGAUCUACAAGAAAUGAGACCAAUUGUUGUCUGAAAGCGUACUCAAACAUUUUCAUUCACUGCAGUGAAGCGAAUAUUGUUCGUGUUCAUACAACGUUCGAAUUCGAUCGCAGUCACUUCGUUCUCUGUGAGGAAAUCAACGCACGCACAAUGGCCAGUAUAACGAAAACUGUUGAGAUGCAAGAAGCACUCUACUGCCGCAACCCACACUACUACACCAACAAUUCGUUUGCAGUUUCUCCGUUCACUAUGGCAUCGAUGCUCGGUGCGUUGAUGUCGAUGUAUGAAUGCGCGAUCCCGUUUAAGUCAUCGAAAAAAUGUUCCGUGAAAUCUGAAGAAGAAGAAGGAGAUGCAAAUAACGACAGUGUCGACGAAUCGGGACAUGGUCAACGAAUCGGAUUUGAGUGCCCAGUUUGCCUACGAAAUGUGGAUGAUCUACAAACAUUCGCUAUUUCAUGUGGCCAUUGGUGUUGUUCCGAUUGUAUACAACAUGCCAUUGCACAGCGCCAAUCUUGCCCUCUAUGCAACACGGCUGCCAAUUCAAAUAGCUUGAUUCGAAUUUUUCUACCAUAAGUUAAAAGGAGUUAAUAUUUACCCGAAUGAAAUAAAUACCACAACAGACUCAUGGAUCAUCAAACAGUACAAAAAAAGAAUAGAAAAAAAUCAAUAAAAAGAAAAAUGAGAAAAACAAAUUUAAAAAUUCCAAAAAAGUUUCAGAAAAAAAAACUUAGCCAUCCCUUAAUUAAAAUAUUUUGUAUUUUAUUUCUUAAUUUUAUGAUAGAAAAACUUGAAUUUUAAAAUCAUUGUACACAAAAUAAUUGGCACAUGUUAUUACUCACAUCCUUUUUCUUUGGAAGAACCAUUUCUUGACUGUAAAAGUAACGGAAACAGUUGAUCGAUCCAUUGUCUAUAUUUUGACAUUAUACUCAACGCUCUGAAUAUAGUUUUAAAUUCAUGCACUAGUUCAAUAGUUCAUAUAUUUUGUUAGUUCUAACUCAGGAAUAGUUCAUUUUAAUAUCAAGAAUUGUCUCCAUUAGGAACGAAAAACAAAAAACACAAGAAAAUGUUCAAAGAGAAAAAAAAAACAAAUUAUUUGAUAGAAAUGAAUAGUUCGUAGUGUGAUGAACAAAAAACAAAAGACAAAAAAAAAUACUUAAAACCCAUUGAAAACAAAACAAAAAUGAAAUAGAUGUAGCUUGCCAUUUUCUUCUUAUUCUGAUUAAAGCAAUUCCGUGCAUGGAUUUAACU